CAAGAGCUGAAGCAACCGAAGCAGAAGCUGAAGCUGAAGCAGAAGUAGAAGCUUCUCCUCUCAAUCCCUACCUCUAAAAAUUCCUUAUAAAAGCCUCGAAGCCUCCUCUCCUUCUAUUUAUCAAGGAAGACUCUCUCUCUAUACAUCGCUCUCUCUUUUUCUUUCUUUCUUUCUUUCUUUCUUUCUUUCUUUCUUUCUCAGCUUAAUGGGAUUUCCUGUUGGGUACACAGAAGUGUUCUUGCCGAAGCUGUUCGUGCACACACUAUCUUUUCUGGGUUUUAUCAGGAACCUCAUUAUUUGCCUUUUUAACUAUCUGGGUCUCUCGGAUUUUCUAGAAACCGAUAACAUAUGGCCCGAUAACACUACCCGAAUCCAUACCCACACGCCUGUUUCAGCCGUCCUGAUCCGGGAAAUUCUACCCAUCAUAAAGUUCGACGAUUUGAUUGCCGGAGGGACGGAAGGUGAGCUGCCGGAGAGCUGCGCCGUUUGUUUGUACGAGUUCGAGGGAGACGCGGAGAUCAGAUGGCUAAAGAAUUGCAAGCACAUUUUCCACAGGGCGUGUUUGGACCGUUGGAUGGAUCAAGAUAGGAAAACGUGUCCGCUUUGUAGGACCUCGUUCGUGCCUGAUGAGAUGCAAGAAGAGUUUAAUCAACGGUUACUGGCAGCUUCUGACGACGGUGAUUUUUACAGUGAAUACAGUUCGGUUCCGGUUUUGUAGACAGGGCAUGUCAUCCUGUUCGGAUGAAAUGUACAUAUACGAUGAAAUUUGGGCAAUUUAUCAAAAAAAAAAAAAAUCGAGUGUCCUAAUUAUUGCCAUUUUUUAUUCACAA